AUGGAUGUGCAAUACCACGAGGAGUACGUGAGGAAUCCAAGGGGGGUGCAGCUCUUCACAUGCGGCUGGCUGCCCGCUUCUUCCUCGCCCAAGGCGCUCGUCUUCCUUUGCCAUGUAGCUACGAGUAAUUCCGGUGGCUUCAUCGAUCAUUACUACAUUGACUCUCUCCUUUUUUUUCUCUCUUCUUGUAUGUAUGCGUGUUCAUUUGCUUCAGGGUAUGGCAUGGAAUGCAGCGUCUUCAUGAGAGCGUGCGGGUUCAAGUUGGCCGCGGCCGGGUACGGCGUGUUUGGCAUCGACUAUGAGGGCCAUGGCAAGUCCAUGGGCGCCAGAUGCUACAUUCAGAAGUUCGACCACCUCGUCGCCGACUGUGACCGCUUCUUCAAGUCCAUCUGCGACAUGGAGGAGUACCGGAGCAAGAGGCGGUUCCUGUACGGCGAGUCCAUGGGCGGCGCCGUGGCUCUGCUGCUGCACAGGAAGGACACGGCCUUCUGGGACGGCGCCGUGCUCGUGGCGCCCAUGUGCAAGAUAUCGGAGAAGGUGAAGCCGCAUCCGGUGGUGGUGACCCUCCUGACGCAGGUGGAGGAGCUCAUCCCGACCUGGAAGAUCGUCCCAACCAAGGACGUCAUCGACUCCGCCUUCAAGGACCCCGUCAAGCGCGAAAAGAUCAGGAGGAACAAGCUCAUCUACCAGGACAAGCCGCGGCUCAAGACGGCGCUGGAGCUGCUGAGGACCAGCAUGGACGUCGAGGACAGCCUGUCCGAGGUCAGGAUGCCCUUCUUCAUCCUGCACGGCGAGGCGGACACCGUGACCGACCCGGAGGUCAGCCGCGCGCUGUACGACCGGGCCGCCAGCGCCGACAAGACCAUCAAGCUCUACCCGGGGAUGUGGCACGGCCUCACCGCCGGCGAGGCCGACGACAAUGUGGAGCUGGUCUUCGCCGACAUCGUCGCCUGGCUCGACAAGCGCAGCCAUCACCGCAAGCCUGAACGCGGCGGCCGGGUAACAAGCGCCCCGUCGGAACCUGUAAGGUACCAACGGCGGCCUGUUUCCGGCAGCACCGGCAUGGACAGCCCGGUGUCGAUGCCUCGGCGGCGAGGCGGCUUCCUCUGCGGGCAAUGUAGAAUGUAA